CGGAAGGAAAGUGCUGCAGAGAGGAAGAGGGACAGAAGGAGACCGACGUGGAUACAGCAACAGCCGGCCUGUCCCCACGUUAUAUAGUGUAGCUAUAGGGGUCUCUCUGCUGCCUGUAUAUUACCCUGCACACCGUGUGUAUACUACUCUGCUCCCUGUAUAAUACUCUGAUUGUAACAUUAUACACUGUCUGUUGUUCAAUAUACUUUAUAAUACUCUGUGCAUAAUAUUCUGUACUCUGUAAUAAUGGCUGUAUAACAAUCUGCUCUCUGUAUAAUACUAUUGUUUGUAUAACAUCUAGUAUAAUAUUCUGCUUAUGGUAUACUAUACAUAACACUGCAUGUAUAAUACUCUGCUCUCUAUAUAAUACAUUGUAACAUUAUACUCUACAUAACACUUUAUGUAUAACACUUUGCUCUCUAUAUAGUACUCUGUAACAUUAUACUCUACAUAACACUGUAUGUAUAAUACUCUGCCCCUAGUAUAACACUCUCCUCUCGGUAUAACACUCUGCUCUCAGCAUAACAAUCUGCCCCUAGUAUAACGAUCUGCUCUUGGUAUAACACUCUGCUCUUGGUAUAACGCUCUCCUCUUGGUAUAACACUCUCCUCUCGGUAUAACGCUCUCCUUUCGGUAUAACGCUCUCCUUUCGGUAUAACGCUCUCCUCUUGGUAUAACGCUCUCCUCGUGGUAUAACACUCUCCUCGUUGUAUAACACUCUCCUCGUGGUAUAACACUCUGCUCUCUGUAUAAUGCUCUCCUCUUGGUAUAACGCUCUCCUCUUGGUAUAACGCUCUCCUCGUGGUAUAACACUUUGCUCUCUGUAUAAUGCUCUCCUCUUGGUAUAACACUCUCCUCUUGGUAUAACACUCUGCUCUCGAUAUAACGCUCUCCUCUCAGUAUAACGCUCUCCUUACGGUAUAACGCUCUCCUUACGGUAUAACGCUCUCCUCUUGAUAUAACGCUCUCCUCGUGGUAUAACGCUCUGCUCUCUGUAUAAUGCUCUCCUCUUGGUAUAACACUCUCCUCUCGGUAUAACGCUCUGCUCUCAGUAUAACGCUCCGCUCUCAGUAUAACGCUCCGCUCUCAGUAUAACGCUCUGCUCUUGGUAUAAUGCUCUGCUCUUGGUAUAACACUCUCCUCUCACACAUGCAGUGUGUGUAAUAUAUAGCAUUUGCCUAGCAUGUAGGUAAUAAUUCUGGGAGGACCAGAAUGGUACAUUGGGUUGGGAUAUUUAUGUUAGUGUUAGAGGUAUCGGCGUACAGUAAUGGCACAGGACAAAGGACAGCACUGGGAGCCCCCAGACAAGUGGUCCGACAUGGAAGACAAGCUCAGGAUUCUACAAGACAUGAACAUGUUAUAUAUCCGUCAGAUUGCUCUUAGCCUUCAGGACACGGACAUACAGAAACGUAUAGACCAUGAGGUGCGGAUACGGGAAGGAGCGGUGAAGCUGCUCGGGGCGUGUACACAGAAAGAACAGGCUUUGGAGGCAGCUAAGAGUCUCUUAGUAUGUAACAGUCGUAUUAUGACAUAUAUGUCUGAGCUGCAGCAUCGCAAGGAAGAGCAGGUUCUACAGCACAGCACACGCAGGCCGUCAGAUGGAGGCUCUAUAGAUGAACGUCUCCCAUGCAAAGGAAAGCUCUCUAUCUCAGAUCUCAGAAUCCCCCUCAUGUGGAAGGACAGUGAAUACUUCAAGAACAGAGGAGAGCUCCAUCGAUGCGCUGUGUUCUGCGCUCUGCAGAUCCGAGGGGAGGUCUAUGACACAGAAAUGGUUUUUGUGGAUCGGACGUCCACAGACAUCUGCUUUGAAAAUGCCAUUGUGUUUUCGGACGUGGACCCCGGGUUUGAGCUCAGUCUCCAGUUGUACAGUUGCGCCAUGGAUGAAGACUUCUCACUCUCUGGGACUCCACGAAGACUGUCCACCAAGCUGAGCAGCUCCCUGGGGAGAUCCUCUGGCCGCAGAGUACGAGGCGCUAUAGAUGGAGCAUGCAACAACGGUGGCGGAAUCCCCAUCCUACUGCCGACCCCCAAUGUACCGGGCCCUAAAUUCCAGCUCCUGGCACACACCAAAAUGACCCUGGCAGAUGUACAGGACGGUUUCCGCACACACGACCUCACAAAUAACAGCUCAGACGAGAGCUCCUAUUGGCUGCCCCUGUACGGAAGCGUGUGCUGCCGGCUGACCGCCCAGCCAGACUGUAUGAGCCGGGAGAUGAUGUCCGGGUUCCUGCACAUCCAGGCACGGGGACAGCAGAGCUGGCAGCGCAUGUUCUGCGUGCUGCGCGGAUGCAGGUUGCUCUGCUACAGACAGAUCUGUAAGACAGACUCAGCGCCGGAUCCGGAACUGACUGUAUCCGUCAGUAAGGAGACCAAAAUCCGCUGUUCAGAUCGUGAGGGACAGAGCCAGGGGCUCACUUUCUCCAUUACCAACUGGUAUGGCUGCGAGGAAGUGACCCACACCGCCAGGGCCGAGGGCCGCGAAGAUCUGCGCCGAUGGAUGGAGGCAUUCUGGCAGCAUUUCUAUGACAUGAGUCAAUGGAAGCAAUGCUGUGAUGACUUAAUGAAGAUAGAAACUCCACUACCCAAGAGGCCGACGGCAGCUCUAACGAAGCAGGGUUCCCUUUAUCAUGAAAUGGCUAUUGAGGGCCUGGGUCCCAUUCCAGACCUUCUCUCUCAGAGGAUGAAGGAGUUUGAGCUCCAGAGAGGUUUGGAUCCUCCACCUUGGACAUCUCUCUAUCACAGCCCUACUACAGGUCCUCCUUCCUGUUCCUCCUCCUCCGAUUGUGACAGUCCCCCUGUGCGGAGUGCUAGACUUCGCCCCCGUACAUUCUCCCUGGAUGCUAAACUGACCUCUCUGAAGGCCCAGGGACUCAGAUUGGCUGAGCAUCAAUCUUCCAAUGGGUCACCAAGUACCGGUAGAAAUGAAGGUCUCCGACCAGAGGGAAGAAUCUCCAGCAGCAGUGGAAGCAGUACGCCCGACUUAGAGAGGGGAUGUCACAAUCGUAGGAACACGAAGAACCUGAAAACCAAACUGGACCCCCGCAACUGGCUACAGAGUCAAGUAUGAGCUGUCUACAAGUCACACGUGCCGGAGGUGGUCGGAGGCCGAAGUGCAAUGCCAGCUUUUCCUAAUGGCUUCUUUCUGGCCCAUAGCAUCGAGCACACACAUUACCUUAAUGCUUCUCCCUUGUAAUUGUCAGGAUUAAUACAGAGUCGGGUCCUUCAAUCUGCAUGUGAAACAAGGAGUGUAAGACCAUCCCACCUCAGGGUGACAUAGGCAUCAAUUAUUCCUCUCCCCAACCUAAGACUUUAAGGAGCUAUGAGACACAUGGGUAGGUGCGCUCUUGGAUAGGUGAAACCUAUCCAGGGUGACAUACACAGGUGGGUUAUAUGAGACCUGGGGUGUGUCCAUCUCACAGCAGGGUAGCACAGACAAGUGGGUUAUAUGAGACCUGGGGUGUGUCCGUCCCACAUCAGGGUGACACAGAGAGGUGGGUUAUACAAGACAUAAAAUGUGUCCCUCCCACACCAGGGUGAUACAGGCAGGUGGGUUAUACGAGACAUGGGGUGUGUCCCUCCCACAGCAGGGCGACACAGACAGGUGGGUUAUACGAGACAUGGGGUGUGUCCCUCCCAUAUCAGGUUGACACAGAAAGAUGGGUUAUACAAGACAUGUGUCCCUUCCACUGCUGGGUGACACAGACAGGUGGGUUAUACGAGACAUGGGGUGUGUCACUCCCACAACAGGGCAACACAGACAGGUGGGUUAUACGAGACAUGGGGUUUGUCCCUCCCAUAUCAGGCUGACACAGAGAGAUGGGCUAUACAAGACAUGUGUCCCUUCCACUGCAGGGCAACACAGACAGGUGGGUUAUACGAGACAUGGGGUGUGUCCCUCCCAUAUCAGGGUGACACAUAGAGGUGGGUUAUAUAGGACGUGUCCCUUCCACUGCUGGGUGACACAGACAGGUGGGUUAUACAAGACAUGGGGUGUGUCCCUCCCAUAUCAGGGUGACACAGAGAGGUGGGUUAUACAAGACAUGUGUCCCUUCCACUGCAGGGUGACACAGACAGGUGCGUUAUAGGAUACAUGGACUGUGUCCCUCCCACAACAGGGUGGCACAGGUGUCUUAUACGAGACAUAAGGUGUCUCCCUUCAACUGCAGGGUGACACAGGUGGGUUAUACGAGAUAUGGGGUGUGUCCCUCCAGCUGCAGGGAAACACAGAUAGGUGGGUUAUACGAGAUAUGGGGUGUGUCCCUCCCACUGCAGGGUGACAGACAGAUAGGUUAUACAAGACAUUAGGUGUGUCCCUCCCACUGCAGGGUGACACAGACAGAUAGGGUAUACGAGACAUUGGGUGUGUCCCUCCCACUGCAUGGUGACACAGACAGAUAGGGUAUACGAGACAUUGGGUGUGUCCCUCCCACUGCAGGGUGACACAGACAGAUGGGUUAUACGAGAUAUGGGGUGUGUCCCUCCCACUGCAGGGUGACACAGAUAGGUGGGUUAUACGAGACAUUGGGUGUGUCCCUCCCACUGCAGGGUGACACAGAGACGCACUGUAGUGACUACCUGAUGAGACGUACUAUGGAGUUACAUGUCUCGGACUCCCCGGCUGCCCGACAUAGCAGUGUUACCCUUCAGCGUCCUGUGACUCAGUAACUGCUUUUCCACUUGAUGUAUUAGGCUCCUAAAAUAAAUGAGUAAAAGCUUUAUUAUUAUAAACAGCCACUAACAGAGUAUUAUAUCAAUAAAUUGUUAUUGUAUCAUA